GCUGAAUGGCUAACUGUAUUUAAAGGCUGAGUCCUUGGGUUUGAAGACUUGUUGACAUCACUGAGAUUGGUGCCUGGACCUUCAAGAGAAGAGGCUUUCUGACAGCCCUGCUCCACUCCACCUGACCCUAUGACUGGAGGGUUCACCGUAGCUCCGUCCUUUGCUCUCCAGUUCCUCAAGAUGGGUUCAUUCAGAAGGCCCCGACCUCGCUUCAUGAGCUCCCCGGUCCUCAGUGACCUGCCGCGGUUCCAGGCAGCCCGGCAGGCUCUGCAGCUCAGCUCCAACUCUGCCUGGAAUAGUGUUCAAACAGCAGUGAUAAAUGUGUUCAAAGGGGGAGGCUUGCAGAACAAUGAACUUUACACCCUCAAUGAAAAUAUCAGACGGUUGCUGAAGAGUGAACUUGGAUCCUUCAUCACAGAUUACUUUCAGAACCAGCUCCUUGCGAAAGGCUUGCUGUUUAUAGAGGAGAAGGUUAAGCUGUGUGAAGAUGAGGAUCGCAUUGAUGUCCUGUCUGAAAUUUGGGAUCACUAUUUUACAGAGAUUCUUCCUACACUCCAGGCAAUAUUCUACCCAGUCCAGGGUCAGGAGUUGACUAUCCGUCAGAUUGCUCUUCUUGGCUUCAGAGACUUGGUCUUGCUAAAAGUAAAGUUGGAAGAAAUUCUUCCUCUGGUCCAGACAAAGCUCCCAGCUUCCAUUAUCCAGAUGCUGUUAAUUCUGCAGAGUGUCCAUGAGCCUACUGGCCCCAGUGAGGGCUACCUACAGCUGGAAGAACUGGUCAAGCAGGUGGUAUCACCGUACUUGGGUUUGUGUGAGGAUCACAGCUUCUCUGGUAGCACCUGCUUGCUUGAGAGACGGUACUCCAGAUCCCGUCCUAAGACUGGUGUACUGAAUUAUUCAUCUCACGUGGUGACGAGCCGGCAGCCCAGCGAGAUGGCCCUGACUCCACUGACAGAGCAGGAGGGUGAGGCUUACCUGGAGAAAUGUGGUAGCAUCCGUCGCCACACUGUUGCCAAUGCUCACUCAGAUAUUCAGCUCCUGGCAAUGGCCUCCAUGAUGCACACAGGAAUGGUGAUUGAGGAGUCAGACAGUACCGACAAAUGCCUCCUCCUGCAGCCCAGUUUUAGCCACAGGCAGUGCUCCAGUGAGCCCAGUAUUGCUGAUGGGCCAGAGGGAGUCAUGGCAGCAGGUAGGCAGGACCCUGCAGAGCUGAACUGCAUGUCAGUCAGCUAGAAGAAGUCUUGCUGAAGAGAGAACUGUAUGCAGUAAGCUGGACAAAGUGUCGUGUCAUCCCUGCUGGGAAAAAAGAGAAAAAUUCGAGUUUUGCUCAUGUCAUUGAAAUGACCUUGAGGGAUCUGACGUCUCUUUGGGAAUGCUCUCUAGAUUUGUUUUUCUUGCCUGUCUGGGAUCAUUGUUGAUGGAGGUACCAAGCUGCUCCCAAAUGAGCACUGAGGCCUGCAAAGGGUUUCUGUAAGCUUUCUUCCACUACUAGUGCAAACCCUUUGGCCUCAGGUUUCCUUCUGUUUCUUUGGUUUGAUACAAAUUAGCGUCUUCCUGCUUUUCUUUAUCUUUCCCAGGUUUGUGCUGCUUGUUUGUGCUUUAUUCCUGCAGUGGACAGCUCUGUUCUAAAUGUUCUCUUUGCUUCUGGCGCUAGGGUAAUGAUGGCUGAGGACUGCAUUUUUCUCUUUUAAAGUUGAACUCAGGGAUGAAACCAUUUGCAUCCUGCAGAAAGAUCUGCUCAGGUGGCUUGUGAGAGGAGAUCCUUCACUUCACCUCCCAUGGAUGAAGUCCAAAUCCAAACAAUCAGACUUUUUUUUCCCCAGACCUGAAGAGAACCGAGUAUACAUGGAGUCCCAGCUGAGUACUUCAUAUGUACUUUAUUUGGUUCCAGUCAUAUCUUUGGGGGUGGUGGUGUAAAUCGGGUGCAAAGGAGGGGUGCGUGUGUAAAUUGGGGGCAAAAUAUAGUCCUGAGCAUCCUGGCAUUUGGCAUCAAUUUGCUCUCAAAAUUUCAGUGGUGGUAGGGCUACAAUGAAAGGAGAAAUCUAAAUGGAUUCCUUUGGGAAGGAGAUGCUGGGCAGAGUCUGCACUUGUGCGGGAGACAUAAGGGUGCUUCUCAGCACUGGGCCACCGUGAUUCCAGACCAGGAAGUGACGAACAGGAUUUCAUCCUUGGGCUGCUCUGGUACUUUUAGCACUUGCAGAUUUUGUGAGACCAAAGAUAACCAGCCGGGUGUAGAAAGGAGUCCUGUCUCAGUAGUGUAUUCAUGAAGUGCUCCUGACCUCCAGUGGUAUCUGACUCAGCGCAGUGUUGCUUUUAAGAUAAAGCAAGGGCUCUUUGCAGUCUUUGUUUUUAUUUUGAAGAUUAGGAGUGGGUCCAGUUUGCAAGUGUGUGUGUCAGGCACUGCAGUCCACAGUGUCUGCUUUGUAGCAUCACUUGGUACUCAAAUGCUGCUUCUAUGGGAACAGAACCAAUCUGUUCGAGCGGUCCCCUGGGAUACUGUGCUGAUGUCUUGCUAAGCAGAUUUGCAAGUGUAAUUACAGACUUAGAGGUGAACUGAAAUGCUGCUUUAAAUGUCAAAUCCCAUUAAAAAUAUGGAUAUAACACCACUGCCACUCGAAUCUAGUCCCUGUGGUACUGACUGUAAAUAAAUUUAUCUUGACAAGGAAACAGAAGGUUAGGAUAAGCCUUCAGGAUGUUUUUUUGCAUGCUGUGACAUUAACUGCAGAAUUUACCCUGCUUCUGUUGGACAUUAAGCAUCUUCUGCUCCACUGACUGCACCAAAAGUACAGCUCUGACCUGUCAGGAUUUGGCCUUAGUAGCAUGUGCAGCAGAAAGAAAGCAGAUUAUUAUUCAGUAACAAAGCAUCAGAAAUACCAGCAACCAGCACAAGUCACACUGCCUUUGUAAACAAGGGUGUUGCUUUGUCUCCUGUGGUUUGCAAAUGUUGAAAGAGAUACUUGAAAGGGCCUGCUUUUUCUUGCAGUCACCUAAGGCACCCUAGCUGUUGGCCUUUGUGGAAAUGCCAAGUGUUUUGAUCACCAGCUGUACUUACAUGUUGAAGAACAGAGAUUUAGUUGUGCUGUCUGCCUCCUCCUCAGAGCAUGCACAGUCCAGUGGAGGCCAGGAAGAUGUGGCUUUAAGCAGUCUUCCCUUCAGAUGAUUCUAGGAUAAAUUGCCCUCCUAUUCAUAAAUUGGACUGACCAGGCCAACUUAUUUGUUGUCAUCUGCCCCAGGGUAGCCAUGGAUUGUGGUGGAGCUUCAGAAUCUCUGUGGUGACAUCCAAACCUAGCAGACCAUGCUGGUCUCACCUUGGCACGGUCGCUCCAGCAUGGGACAGAUGAUGGCAUCCCGCUCAAAAGGAAUUUCUUUGGCCCCUUGCAGUGAUUUAAAGCCUUCUCUUAGUCACAGUGGGGCAUGUGGGGAAGUGAUCACCCUGCAGCAUUUCAGUUCACUCUUAUGAAUGCUUUUCUUCUUUCUAUUUCUCCUCUAACCCAUUUGCCUUCUGUAAAUACUCAAACCAUUUGGAUUAGUGAGCAGCGCCCUCUUUUAUGGUGAAAAUUAGAAUGGUUUAUUUAUUUCCUGACAUAUUCUUGGAUCAUCUCCAGGACUAACAGGAAUCCAGUCCUGGUGUUAACUUGAAUUUCUUUUGUUUUACAUGUAUGUAUAAUUUGAAUUAUUUGGAUUUUGUGUCUGUUACUUUGCAAAAAUUUGCACCAAGCCAUUCUGAAUCAUGCACUUCCCCAAUUGUUUUGGUUUUUAGGGAGAAAUAAAGCUGGUGGCUUUACUUUGUAAACUGAAGUAAACAAAACUUGUUCUGUAAACCACACUGAGCGUCUGGUCAUAAGCAUCACUUUUACAGCCAUGUGAGA